AGUCAAUUUCUGGACCUGACACCCACUGGGCUUCGCCCCCAAUACCUUGAGUCUUUGCGGGAUUAUACAAUACCUCCACCCCUCUAGCUGACCCGGCCAUAGGUCUGAAUUCCCGCUCAGGAAUGGCUCAGGAAUGCCGCGGGGAUCUGGGUAUCCAUCUGGAGGGCUACUAGACCUGAGCUUGUGGUAACUGCCUAAGAUUGGCCAUUUUAACGCGGGAGGCGGGACGACUGGCGUAACUGUGGUCUGAGAUUGGCCAAUGCGGUACUGAACUAAUAAAUAAGAGGGAGGUGACUGCUACCCAGAGGCUGGUGCAGAAAGGGACAAGGAAACGCAAGGGAGCAAUAGGCACGCGUGGUGGGGUCUAGGCUUACUUUGAUUGGUCCAUACUCUAUGCGUGACGUCGUUCAUGGAUUGGCUAAGGAAUGGAAUGCCAGUCUUUUAUUGGCUAAUAUCUCUCGGGGCGGGCAAAGUGGAGAACCGAGCUGUCGGCGCUUGGUCAGCUUUUGGGCGCCCCGGGCGCGGCCGGGACGCUUGAUUGGUUGGCACAAGCAGUUGGUCCGGCGCUCCAGUUCCUGGGUCCCCACGCGCGAUGGCAGUAGGUGGCUGGCGCUGGCUGCGCGGCCUAUGGGCAGCGGGGCAGCCUAUGUUCCAAGGCCGUGCGCUGCUCUUUACCAACACGCUGGGUUGCGGCGUUCUCAUGGCGGCUGGGGACGGCGCACGCCAGUCCUGGGAGAUCCGCGCCCGGCCCGGCCAGAAAUUCGACCCAAGGCGCUCAGUGAGCAUGUUUGCUGUGGGCUGUAGCAUGGGCCCCUUCCUACACUACUGGUAUCUCUGGCUGGACCGCCUGUUCCCUGCAUCUGGCCUCCGUGGGCUUCCAAACGUCCUCAGGAAGGUCCUCAUCGACCAGCUGGUGGCCUCUCCCCUGCUGGGUGUCUGGUACUUCUUGGGUCUUGGCAGCCUAGAGGGCCAGUCCCUGGAAGAGAGUUGUCAGGAGCUGCAGGACAAGUUCUGGGAAUUCUACAAGGCUGAUUGGUGCGUGUGGCCUGCUGCACAGCUGGUGAACUUCCUCUUUGUGCCACCCCAGUUCCGAGUCACCUACAUCAAUGGCCUGACACUGGGCUGGGACACAUACCUCUCCUACCUGAAGUACCGGGUGAGCACAUUGGACAAACCAGGCACCCAGGAGACUCCUCAGGGGCCAUACAUGUGAGCCCCAAAUGGCAGUACAGCUCCCCUCCAGGGACCUCGGCCAGGUCUCUGCAGCAUCUUUUCGGCGAGGCUGACCCCAGGCGAGUGGAGGGCUUGGUGAGAAGCCUGAAGGCAUGAAUGUGGUGUGUGACCAGAUCCUCUUGCGUGGACAGAUCCCUGGCCGCCUGACACGCCCAGCAUGAGUGGUACCGGGCAGACUGACUUCUAACCCACCUGGGGAGGAAGGGGAAUGGGUCUGCAGCAGGCCAGGGUCCUCGGCCAAGUUCCAGUCCCACCCUCACUCCUAGGCACCUGGUUGGGCUGCUCCUUCCAAGCCCACUACCAAGCCCUCGUUUCCCCAUCUGGAAUGCAACCGUGAAAAUGGAGUCAUCCCUCCUGACUGGGAGCCUCUGACCAGGAUGUCUCAUCCUCAGCACUGGGACCCAGCCCCUCAAUACUGCUGUGGGCUGGGCUCUGAGCCCUGGAAGAGAGGUGGGAACAUCGCCUGUCUUCUGUGAGUGGGGCCUAGCCUAGAGCUGGCCCCCAGGAUCUGGAGCUUUAGGCAGAGCCAGGCAGCACCAGGGUUCUUUCUGUUCUGGUCAUGGGCUGUGUAAACUUCAUUAAAUUCUUUCUGUAA